CUUCUCGAGACAUGUGCAAGCCAGAUUCACCACGAGGAGCACGAUCACGCCCCACACAAGCACGUCGAGCGUAGCAAGUGGUGUUGCCAAACCCAAUUCGGACUUCGAACUGGACCUGAAGCAUUUGUCCACAACUUUACACCAACAAACCAACCAACUUCGCACCCGACACCGCCGGAUCGACCGUCAUGAUGCCCGGAGACAAGCCGCUGGUAGCGGCCCUGUUCGCGCCAAAGACGCCAGGUCCUGCCAAAGACCAGAUUCCGUCGUCGUCGCCAGCAUUCGGCACUCCCGCGUACACACAAAGACCGUUCGUGAUAGCACCGACAACGAAAACCACAAUCCUGCCAAUUCUCCUGCCACCUGCGACACUGCGUCCGCUCGCGUUUCGCACAUUCACAAAGAAGCACAGUCUAACCCUCACGUCGUCGGCACUCCAAGAGCUCGCAUCCUUCAUCGGAAGGCAUUGCGGGUCAGGAUGGCGUGAGGAGGGUCUUGCAGAGAAGGUGCUGGAGGAGGUCGCCAAGGGCUGGAAGAAUCGCAAUGGCGGAGUCAUUGUCGAUGGCGCAAGCAGCGAGCUCAAGGAUAUACUCAAAACCCUCGAGGGCAACAUGAGCGGUGGCCGAAUAGUCACAGGCCGAGAGCUCUCGCGACAGAACAGCCUAGCUCUUGACAUGUCUUCGCAAGAUGUGGAUAUUUCCAAUACGAGAUUGGGCUUGAGGCCAAUCGCGGCCCUGACCAGAGAUGACAGUCAGGCCAGCUUCGGCAUGUCUGGAUUGGGAGUACGAGAAGACGAGACAGAAGAUAACGAGGAUGACGGCCUGAAUGAUCUGAGAAAAUGGACCAAGGUCAUCAGUGCGCAAGAGCAACCGCGCAUGCUCUACAAUGUGACCAAGAAACAUUUCGAGAGGGACUCAUCAAAACCGUCCAUACUGCCAUCUGCGAAUCAAAAGACGACACUGUUCCGGAACCGUUACAAUGUCAUACAUCAACGACUUUUACGCAACGAGUCCUUUCAGACAUCUGCAGUCGCUUCUGCUAAAGGUGCUCCGUCGUUAUCUAGAUCAUCGUCGAGCCUCACAACCGCGCAACAGACUUACAAAAUCACACCUAUUGCGAAUCUGCUAGGACGCCAUGGCUCACACCAUAUGCUUCUGGGGUUGCUUUCUGUCCUUCCGACAGGAUCCUUGGCUAUUAAUGACCUCACGGGUACCAUCGCCCUGGACGUCACCCAGGCGGUCUCUAUUCCGGAGGACUCGGCAUGGUUCACUCCAGGCAUGAUCGUCCUUGUAGACGGCGUGUACGAGGAAGAUGAGGAGGCCACAGGAAGAGGCUUGGGAAGCACAAAUGGAAUUGGUGGCGUCAUCGGCGGCCGAUUUCAGGGUUUCUUCAUCGGUCAACCUCCUUGCGAAAAACGAAAAGCGACGCUCGGUGUCAGUGGCCCAGAUGGUGGCCAAGAUCACACCAUAGGAGGUGGAUUUGGCUGGAUCGAUUUCUUGGGCGUUGGUAGUGAACGAGCUGUGGGCAGUAAGAUGCGAAAGAUCGAGCAACGCUUGCUGCGACAACGAGAAGAGGACCCUGAUAGCCCGGGGCGCGGCAGGGUGGUCGUUCUGGGAGAGUUGAACCUGGACCAACCACGUGCUUUGCAAGCAUUACGCAAGAUCUUGACACUCUACGCUUCAGAGCCUGAGGGCACCUCUCCCAUGUCCUUUGUCAUCACUGGGAAUUUUACGGAACAUGCCGUCAUGGCUGGCGGUGGUGCCAGUGGUGGCAGUGUUGAGUACAAGGAAUACUUUGACUCUCUUGCCUCCGUCCUCUCUGACUUCCCUACACUAUUACAAACAGCCACUUUCAUCUUUGUUCCUGGGGACAACGAUGGCUGGGCAUCAGCUUUCUCAUCCGGCUCUGCUGUUCCUUUACCGCGCAAAGGCGUACCGGAAAUGUUCACGUCGCGAAUCCGGAGGGCAUUCGCUUCCGCAAACGCAGAGCCGGGGGUCCAGAAUGGUGGCGAGGCUAUCUGGACAAGCAAUCCAGCAAGAGUUUCCGUGUUUGGGCCGGAGCACGAGAUUGUUCUCUUCCGCGAUGAUCUAUCAUCGCGCAUGAGACGCACUUCAGUGAGACUGAAGUCCUCGAAAGCGCCAGCUGAGGAGUCCAAUAAGCAUGCUGAGUCGGACGAAGUACCUGACGAUGAAGAGAUGGCUGACAUCAUGGGCCAAGGCGACGACAUGGAGGUUGACGCGGUCAAGCCACCGGCAGCGCCGGAAAUUCCUCAUGACGUACAAUCAGCGAGGAAACUGGUCAAGACCAUCUUGGACCAAGGCUACCUUUCUCCGUUCCGGACCAAUAUCCGACCAGUGCAUUGGGAUUACGCAAGCUCAUUACACCUGUACCCGCUGCCAACGGCCAUGGUUCUGGUCGAUCCAACAGCACCACCCUUCUGCGUGACCUACGAGGGGUGUCAUGUCAUGAACCCCAGCGCCGUCCUGGUACCUGGCCGGAGAGGCGUAGGGAGAUGGAUAGAGUAUGAGUUGGGCAAAGCCGGUCGCUUGCGGGAGUGCCUUUUCUGAGUUGAUGUGUCGAGUAGAAGCAGGAAUCGUGUGAUGAUUAUGGAUUGCCUAGUAUCUGGAGUUGUCUGAGAUGCAAUUUUGGGCGUAAUAAUUGAUGAAUGAAAUAUGACUGAAC